AUGGAAGUCGUGGAACGAUUGCGGCGGAAAGGCGAGCCGAUCCGAAUUUUUGGUGAAUCGGACAAGGACUGCCGCCUUCGUCUUCGAGCGCUUGAGCUGCUUGAAGAGCAUGAUAUGACGAGGAAAAGACUAAAGAAGGAUGCGAAGUCGUUUGAACCUAUGUCAGGGACUGAAUCAGCCGAAAAGCCUUCGGAUCACGACGGCAAAUCUACCAUGGAGGCGUCUGACAGCAGCAAUGUUUCAACAAGAACACCAGCACGUUUACGCGAAGGCAUUGGCAUGAAUAGUGUGAUGGAUCUGAAGCUCAUAUGGACAGAUACGCCACGUGUAUACCCCAUUAUCUAUUACACCCUCAAGGGUUUGUUGGCCGACUGGGAAGAGGCUUUGUCCAAACGGCCAGACAAUGUGCGAAACAGCGCGCAGGGGCAGCAGGUGACUGCUAUGCAAGCUCAAACAGCUGAAUAUCUAAAACCAUUAUUUAAAUCGUUGCGGAAACGGGCGUUAGAACCGGAUAUGCUUUUACGUAUUGCGGAAAUUGUUCAUUACAUGCAACUGCGGGAAUACCGCAAAGCAAACGACUCAUAUCUUCAAUUGUCCAUUGGAAAUGCUCCAUGGCCUAUCGGCAUUACCAUGGCAGGCUUAAAGCGCCUUAUGACCUUUGCACAGUCACAUUAUCCACCCGAUGACCUGAGCAAAUUAAUGGGCUGA